AUGGCUUCAAAGACUGAAAAAAUCCGCUACAGCGUUAACAAUAACAGCGUGGAUUCUGCCUCUUCCAUUGAAGAGCCCAAUGACAACCCUUUUGCUGACCCUCAAAUAGCUGCUUAUUGGAGGAAAAUCUAUGAAGAUGUCGGAUACGAAAACUUACAUCGAUUUGAUCCUGAUUUUACCUGGAAUAAGGAAGAAGAGAAGAAACUUGUCCGAAGACUCGAUCUGAAAGUGUUUUCAUGGACGUUUGUGAUGUUUUGUGCUUUAGACCUGGUUCGUCGUAAUAUUAACAGAGCAGUGUCAGACAACCUUGUGUCCGGUGAUAUUCCCGGUUUAGACACAAAUGGAUACAAUUUAGGCCAGACUAUAUACCUGAUCUCAUUUUUGUGCGCCGAGCUUCCAUUGAAUCUUCUCUCUAAGAAGUUUGGACCAAAUGUGGUAGUCAGUGCUGAGUGCUUAGUGUGGUCGAUUAUCUGUAUUUCCCAAAGUGCAAUGAGAACUCGUGCACAGUUUCUUGCUCUCCGAGCUUUGUUGGGGUUUGCCCAAGGAGGAUUCAUCCCCGAUCAAAUUCUUUACCUUUCUUAUUAUUAUACAAAUACAGAGCUUCCAUUGAGAUUGGCUAUUUUCUGGACUGCUAUUCCACUCUUCCAGAUUUUGGGAUCUCUUCUGGCCUCAGGAUUGUUGGAAAUGAGAGGAAUUCAUGGCAAAACUGGGUGGCAAUGGCUAUUCAUUAUAGAGGGUCUUAUGAGUCUUGGUGUUGCCAUUCCUAGUUUCUACGUGAUGAGAAGCGGGCCUACUCAGACGAAGAACAUUCUAUUCAAAAGUAGGCCCGCUUGGUUUAAUGAACAUGAAGAGAAGAUCCUCGUGAAUCGACUGCUAAGAGAUGACCCCGCAAAAGGCGAUAUGAAUAACAGACAGGCUCUUAAUAUUCGCCAAAUAUUGCGGACUGUCCUUUCAGAAUAUGAUUUUUGGCCACUGUAUAUUCAAGGGCUCAUGGCCUUUAUACCUUUCCAACCAGUCACAGCUUACAUGUCCUUGAUAUUGAGAUCCAUGGGUUACUCUGUGUUCCUGUCCAAUGUAUUAGCUAUUCCGGGUCAGUUUUGGUUUUUAAUAAACCUUCCUUUGGUGGUGUACUUCAGUCACAAAGUGAAGGAGAAAUCAAUCUGUGUGGGAAUAGCUAAUUAUUUUAUCUUUCCGUUCGUUGUGGCUUUGGUUGCCUACCCAGCAACGGGAAGUGAUUGGGUUAAAUAUUUUCUCUUAACUGGUAUUGUUGCCCUUCCGUACACACACGCCAUAUUGGCCAGUUGGGUUUCCCAUAUAUCCAACAAUGUGGCUUCCAGAAGUGUGGCUACUCCUCUGUACAACAUGAUGUAUCAAGUCGGUUCUAUCGCUGCCUCCAACAUAUACAGAGAAAGUGAUAAACCUUACUACAUCAGAGGAAACAAGAUCAUUCUUGGUAUCACUGUUUUCAAUUGUGUAUUUCCUUUUUUCACCAAGGCGUAUUAUAUCAUGAGGAACAAGCAAAAGGAGAAGAAGUGGAAUAGUAUGACCAAGGAAGAGCAAAUCGAGUACACUACCAACACCACCGACUCUGGUGUGAAGAGACUUGAUUUCAGAUUUGUUCACUGA